AACAAGAAAGAUGGUGGGCGGAUGUAAUGCCGCAAAAAUACUGUAUUUCCGGUUCAAACAAAAUAACGCGCGGAAUUCGACUCGUGACUGUCGACUUCUUCGCCGGCGCAGUAAACCGUUGAUAAUUAAAACGCACCAGACGUUUGACUAAUACAGGUUAUCCGUUUGACGACGUUAAUGUUUUAAGUUUUUCGGGAAUGGAGGAUGAUAGGAUGGAGAUGGAAAAACAGAAGCCAAACAUCAAUGUGGAGGUUCACGUUAAAUCGGACAGCACAGCUAAACUGUCUGAGGUGAGGAUACAUGUUCAGACUUUAUUGACUCGUCACAGCAUGCUUUUCGGAAACUACAGAUGGACAGAGUUUGAUGAGGACUUCCUUCAGACGCAUGUGGUGUCUGUGACUAUAGGUGAUCUCGAAGAAGUGCUUACACAGCCCCUCUAUUUAAAGAAGUGCUCUGUGUCUUUUCACAUCUUCACUUUGAGCGAGGAUGGACCCAGCAUGCUCACUUUGGAGGACGAUGAGGAGCUUUCAGCGGCCAAUCACUGGUUGCUGCCAGCAGCUGAAUUUCAUGGAAUUUGGGAUAGUCUGGUAUAUGAGACGGGAGUCAAAACCCAGCUCCUGGAUUACGUCACAACAACAAUUUACUUCUCUGACAAAAAAGUUGACAACAACCUGAUUUCAUGGAAUCGUGUUGUUCUGCUUCAUGGACCUCCAGGCACAGGGAAAACAUCACUGUGCAAAGCUCUUGCCCAGAAACUGUCAAUCAGACUGUCAAGUCGGUAUUCAUAUGGCCAAUUUGUCGAGAUAAACAGCCACAGUUUGUUCUCAAAGUGGUUCUCAGAGAGUGGCAAGCUGGUCACAAAGAUGUUUCAAAAGAUCCAACAGCUGAUUGAUGACAAAGAUGCUCUUGUGUUUGUUCUGAUUGAUGAGGUGGAGAGUCUGACAGCAGCAAGAAAUGCCUGCCAGGCAGGAACAGAGCCUUCUGAUGCCAUUCGUGUGGUCAACUCUGUCCUCACACAGCUGGACCAAAUCAAACGACAUUCCAACGUAGUGAUCCUGACGACCUCCAAUGUGACAGAAAAAAUUGACUUGGCCUUUGUAGACAGAGCUGAUAUCAAGCAGUACAUUGGACCGCCAUCUGAAAAAGGCAUAUACAGCAUCUACCUCUCCUGCUUGUUGGAGCUGAUGAAGUGCCAAAUCAUCUACCCCCGGCAGCAGCUGUUCACCAUGUUUGAGCUCGAGACUAUGGGCUUUGCAAAGAGUGAGGUGUCCGAACAUAGUCUAACCCUGAGGAACAUUGCAAUAAAAAGCAAAGGUUUGAGUGGAAGAGCUCUCAGGAAGUUACCAUUUAUAGCCCAUGCACUCUUUGUAAAGACACCGACAGUAACACUUGAGCGGUUUCUGGAGGCCAUGAGCCAAGCUGUGGAAAAACAGAAGGAGGAGAAAGCUAACCUGCUCAGCGGUAUCUGAACUUACUACAAAGCCCAGAGACCGACAUGGUUGUGCCUUGUUUGCAGUUUCCAGAUCUAUAAAACUUACAUCUUUUAUAGCGCUUAAUCAGUUCAACUGUCAGCACUACAUUAAAUAUAUUUACACAAAUGCUUUUUUAACAAGUGCUGUCUGUAACAUCAAAGUGUUUAUUCAGGUAACUUUGCUGGUGCUACUCUCUUAAAUGAACAAGACCAUAUCUAUGUCGACAGAAGAAUUGUAAUUUUAAGAUGUAGUCCCCAGUGCUUGAAUUUUUCUGUUUUAUAUGCUAUUAACAAAUUUGUUUACUCUGUUCUCACUUCCAAAGUAUUUCAUUUUUAUAGCUUUAACGGUUUCAUUUUUUUUUUUUAACGUUUCAUAAUAAGGGAAAGUUCCAAAUUUCUUUGGCAUGAAUUAUUCGUGCACAGUUCAGGUAGUGGGUAGUUUUGUUAGAGCGAUGUCAUUGAAACGGCAGCUUGUGGAAAAGAAAUGUCAGUCUCCCAGUGGGACAAAGGCCUCACUAGACAACAAAUGAACAAAAGAAUAUCAAGCAUGUUACAGUUUGUUAUGAACAGUUAACAUUUUUAAUGUGUUUUUAAGUGUUCUUGCUAACUGGUCCCAUUUGAGGUUGCUUGUUUCAUUUCAGCUGGCUGCAUCCCCUGUAGACUGGUUUAUGCCUGUGCAUGAAAUCCCUUCAUGUAAAAGUGUGAAAUCUACACUUCACAUACAGUCUGUUCUGUACUGUUUUGUAUGUUAUGCGGUUUUUUUGUUGUUGUUGUUUAGUUUUUUUGAAAGGAAUGUGAUCAAUUCUCUUUAAACUCUAUGUUCAUUACAUUUUUAUUUUGUAUAUAACAUUGUAAUAAACAGUAUUUUAU